AUGGUAUAUUCAGCGUCUCGACCAUAUCAUAUACCCACAUCGACUACUGGCUCACAGUAUGCUGUAACAAAUGGCUAUUCAUCGUUGCCAUAUAACAAAUGGAUCCAAUCAACACCUGAAUCAGACUUUUAUGCCGGUCCCAAAGGUGAUUCAACUACGAAUCCAUUAUCUCAACAAUAUCAAUUAUUACAACGAGAUAAUUAUUUAAAUCACUCAUUUUCAGAUAUCUCAAAAGCUCAAUAUUUUCGGUCUCGAGAAGAACAACCCGUAUAUGCUACAGUCAGUUCGAAACGGCCAAUAAUAAAUUAUCUUGUACCGUAA